GUGGGGUUAGGUUGGCGCAGGCGCAGACGCGUCGAAGGUACCAGAAAGAUCGAAAACGACGGUGCGGACGGGUGCAGAGCCGAUGCCAGUGCAGCAGUGUUGUGGGACCUGCUUCUAAAAGAAUUGUUCCUCAAGGCCUCUAACCAAUUUCUGUGCUUUAGGUCUUAGAAUAUAAACAACUUACUGAGACAUCUCUCUUCCCCCUCCCUCAGUAUUCAAAGUAUUGCACAUCUGUUCUGUCCCACUAGCUUAUAACUGUUCAAAUCCUUUUAGGAUUAGAGUAUCCAUAUGGCUGACAUGAGGAGGCCACUUUUUGCCCACAUCUGGGAGGAGGAAGAAUGCCUAGAGUACUAUGGUAUGAUUUCCCUGCAUCGAAUGUUUGAAGUGAUUGGCUCUCAGCUAACAGAGAAUGACAUGGAAGUGCUCUCUUUCCUUCUGGAUGAGACACAGCCUUGGACCCACCCACUGGAUCCUGCCCUUUGGGCUGUGGCAGCAGCAGAAGAGGGUGGUUCUGAGACCACCUCACCUGUGUUAGAGAGCUGGAAGAGGAAAAAACAGUGCUGGUGUAAUUUGGCCAAAACUGAUGGUAGUCUUGAGGUUGUUGCAGGUAGGCAGCGGCCCAAGAAUGGUGUGCAACUGCUCCUGGAGCUGGAGAGGAGGGGCAAAUGUGAUGAAACCAACUUUGUGCAGCUGCUGCAGCUCCUGAGAAUACUAACAAGGCAUGAUCUACUGCCAUAUGUCACCCUGAAAAGGCAGCGAACAGUUUCUCCUGAGAGAUACACCUAUGGACCAUCUGUUCUGUCAUCAGACCAACAAGUGGACAAUUGUCUCAAUUCAGCCUCUGCAGAGCCUCGGCAUGAUCAGUGGGAAACAGGCUCCAAUUCCAGCAAAAGGAAGCGAGUUAGCAGAGGCCGGGCAACGUCUAAUCCUCCCCGGAGACGGCGAGGAGCCAAAGCAGCUUCUGCUCCAAAGCAGGAGAUCCAAGCUCCCACCAAAGUGACCUGUGACAUCCGGCUCCGUGUUCGUGCAGAAUACUGUGAGCAUGACCCUGUCUUGCGUCAGAAUGUGAUGUCGAACAAGCAGAACCGACUGGAACGUCAGUUUGAUGUAUUUGGGCAGUCCAACACCAUCCUCAAAUCCCGUGAUCUGGGCUCAAUCAUCUGUGACAUCAAGUUCUCAGAGUUGUCCUACCUUGAUGCCUUCUGGAGUGAUUAUAUGAAUGGCUCACUGCUAGAGGCACUGAAGGGAGUCUUCAUCACAGACUCCCUUAAAGAGGCAGUGGGUCAGGAGGCUAUCCGGCUACUGGUCAAUGUGGAUGAGGAUGAUUAUGAGGAAGGGAGACAUCUGUUGCUGGAAAGCGUUAUUCCCCAGGUCUGGUAACUCCAACCUCUAGGAAACUUAGGGCACUUCUGUUUUACUCCCUGAUUACCACGUGGCUUAUCUGCAUUGGAUAUAUACUUCAGGAAAAAAAAAUAGACUUUUAGGAAAGGAGUCUUCAUCUCGUCGUGGGCUGGGCUGGAUCUUGGCAGCGACGGGACUUCAGGGAGUCACAGUUGUGCCGCAGCUGUUCUUGUAGUGGUUGAAGCAUUUAAAGAGCAGCAUGGAAUGGACUUAAUGGAUAUUCAGGUGUAGCAGGGCUUGCACAGAGGCACCAACACGGUGUGGAUUCCUCUUGGUCUGAACUGAAAGGGACACCUUUGGGGAGAUAACUUUGUUCUGCUGAUGAAAUUUGAAGCCCCCUUGGCAUAAGUUGGUGUAUACAUCAUGUUCACCAACCAUUUAUGUUAAUUUUUACUUCCUCUCUUGCAGAGGUGGGGAGCAGACUUAAUCUGCAGAGUUGCAGGGACACUUUGAAGGCUGGCGGCGAAGCACGUUGUGUUAACCAUUCUUUUUCUAAAAAAGAAAUAAACCUUAUUUCCCUCACACCUGAUUUUCUCUUUAAGUUAAGAGUACACCAAGCCCCAUGGUGGGGAGCUGAUGACUUAUAAAGGGGGGAACUUGAGUCACUUUUCAAUUCUGUGGCGGUUUGUACAUAGUAUAAAUAAUAAGGUUUAAAAAAUGGUGAAGAAGCAGUUAAGGCAGUAUCUCUGCAUAACUGCAGUGGGAAGGGCCAGAAGCCAGAAACAUGUAAUUUAAGAAGUUGUAUUUUUUUUUUUACAAAAAUGACUUUUUGACAAAAUUCUUAAUGUAUUGUAUUUACAAAUGACAAUGUCAAUAAAGAAAAUAAUUUGCAA